AUGAAUGAUUACUUUCAGAGGAUUUCCUGCUAUUUCAAGACUGCGGUGAAAAAAGUUCAGGACCAUCCCGCCACAAGAUGGUACAAGUUCAAYGGCAUUGGUGACUAUCCCGCCGAGUACAAUCCCAGAGUGCACGGACCCUACGAUCCUGCCCGUUUUUAUGGCACUCCCCACACGCCGUUUUCGGAACUGAAACUCUGCGAGGUCCCCCAGUGGCUGAAGUGCCGGAACAAAUCGCCAAAAUCAAUGGCUGGGUUGUUUUCCCGCGCAUAUUGGCGAUGGUCACACCGAUACGUACAACCGAAACGUACAACAGUCGCUCCGCUGAUUCACGGCAUCGUUGGUAUGAUGAUAGUGUUYUACGCGAUAAACUAUGGCAAGAUUAUCCGUCACCGAAACUACAAAUACCAUUAA